UUGAGUGAUACCAAAUAUAAAGGUUUUAAUGCAAGUAGUUUUAGGGGUGGAGUUGUACUUGAAUUUAUUGAAAACAAACUAAAAAGAACAUUCUCACAAAUAUAAUUAUAACACGGCAUUAGUUUUCUUUAAUAACAUUUCAAGGUUAUCUCUCUUAGACAAAGAGGAAUGACCUGGAACAUGAGCUAUCUAGCUAGCUUGUUUUCCUCGGUUCCCCUCUAAAGAAUAUUUCAAUUUUUAAUUUAAUAUUGUUGAAGUAUUCUUUUGAUUGUUACCGUGUGAAAACUUAAUCAUCGACAAUGAAGAGCAAUAAGUAUUAGGGAUAGAGAACUUAUGGAACUCAAGGAAGGUAUAAGUGGGUCAUUAGGGAGGACCAGUGUAACUACCAAAACCUUAAUUGAAAAUCGAACUGAUACCAUUGAAGAGAAAGAUUUCAGAACAGAUCCAUUAGUUGACCAAGCAAACCGCCGUAAUACAUAUAAUAGCCACCCUCCUUUAAUUAAUGAAGUCAUUAAAACUAGCAACAGGUCACAAAUGAUAUUUAAAAAAGAAAUAAAUAUUGUGCAAGGCUUUAAUCAUAUAAUAAAUAUGAGUGAACAGUGUCCAUUCAGAAAUGGCAAAUUAAGCAAGAAUUUGGAUCCUAGUUCCACAUCAAUUGAAGAUACUUUAAAAAGGAAUUUUUAUUCUGUAGAAAGUCCUGACAAAGAAAGUUUCCAUGAAAUCAACAUAGGAGAAUCUGAAGAAGGGAAUGCUGGUGAAAAUAGACUUAUAAAUGGAACAACUUCACAUCAAACCAACUUUCAAUCCAAUGCUUCUCAGACUGGGAAUGCACUGCAUCUCCCUUUGAAUUUAUCUAGAGGAUAUGAGAGCUUGAAAGAAAACAACACUAGCCGUAAUGAGGAAAAUCAAUAUUACAGCUAUGAAUCUGAUGAAUCAAUUGAGUAUGACUCUGAUAUUCCUGACGAGGAAGUUGAGAAAAUGUUGGAAGAAGCACUCAAUACAAAAAAACGGAAAGCAGGAGAAGCAGAACUGGAUGCCGAUAAUCCCAAAGUGCCAUUUGAGGAAAAAACUAAAAUAGUGUUGGUGGAAAAAGGACGAAAUCAUUUUGAUGUGCUUCCAGAAGGAUGGAUACAAGUGACUCAUAAUAGCGGGAUGCCAGUUUAUUUGCACAAAACUACAAGGGUGUGCACCUUGUCAAGACCAUAUUUCUUGGGGCCCGGCUCUGCCAGAAAGCAUCUAAUACCAGUAAAUGCAAUUCCUUGUUUGAAUUAUAAAAAAGCAUUGGAGAAUGAAAGGGAGCUACAAAAAGUUGAAGAAAAAAGGACAGACGAUACGAAACUACCCGAAAAUCUACCAAACGCAAGGAUAGAAACAGUCCAGGAAAAUAUAGAAACUCAAAAUUUAACUGCUGAAGCCUUAAGAAAUUAUUGUGAGAAUGUAUUUCAGUUCCAAUCAAUUAACGUUUUGCGGUUUAAAUCUUGGUCAGAGAGGCGAAAAUUUACCAAGAAAAGAAAACACGAAAGUCAACUUCAAAGACCAACUUUACCUGAUGGUACAAAACUUAUAACGUUCCCCAUUAAAGAUAUUGAUAAUAGCGAGAAAACUAACCCAAAUGCAAAGAAAGAAUGGAUCAUGAAUCCAAAUGGGAAAUCAUAUGUGUGUAUAUUGCAUGAGUAUGUUCAACAUGCUUUAAAAAAACAACCCACUUACCAAUUUACAGAACUGGAAAAUGCAGCGACUCCUUAUGCCGCAACUGUUAUUAUAAUGGAUAUGAGAUAUGGAGUUGGGUAUGGUACUAGUAAAAAACAAGCAAAAUCUGAAGCUGCGCGUGCUACUUUAGAAAUUUUGAUUCCUGAAAUGAAAUCAAAAAUAACUACUGACAAUCAGACAGGCCGGACAAGAAAAGAAAAAGAACAAGAUCUCUCGUUUUUUGACGAAAUCAGAGUGGAAGAUCCGCGCAUCGCCGAAUUCUGCGCGAAAACGACGGAACCUGCGCCUUACGACAUUCUGUUAACGUGUCUGCAGCGAAAUUUCGGCUUAGACGAUUUGAAAAUCCACUAUCAAGGCAACACGUCCAAACACCAAGGCAACGAGUUUACGAUGACCGUCGGCAAAUACACGACGACGGUAGCGUGCAAAAACAAGCGGGACGGCAAGCAAAGGGCUUCGCAGGCCAUUUUACAAGCCCUACAUCCCAGUAUAACUUCAUGGGGUUCACUUUUACGUUUAUACGGAAAUCACUCAGUGAAGAGUUUCAAGGAGAAGAAAAUGGAGGAACAAGAAAUUACUUCUUUACAGAGCAAGGCGGCAGUGAAUCAACCCAAUUUUGCCAUCCUCAACAAACUGAAAAUGGAAUUGGGUAAACUAAAUGAAAAGAGGAAAACGGUAAGACCAGUUGGGUUGGUGAACACUUCCGAGGGUGAAAUUAUUCUAGAGAAUGAUUAGAAAAUUAUGUAAGGGUGCUGUUUUGUCAUUCGCCAUUAAUUAAGUUACCCCCGCACUAAAAUUAAAAUUGCCUUGGCGUGUAUGUCCAGACUGAGUAGCAUUGUAGCAAAUAGAGUAGGUAAUUGACCAAAUGAGCUAUUUUACUCUUAGACAAAUAGGUUGUGUUUGUUUUUUUAAUUGUUGACAUGGUGCAAACGGUAAUUCUGUGCAAAUAUUCUAAAAAGUGUUUCUUGCAAAAAUGAAUUUAAUGAGAUGACAGGCGCUUCCGUCCGGUUCCUAAGAUUUUGUUUUCCUUAUUGAUUCAAUUUAUUAAGUAUUUUCGACAUUUUCAAGCCAUAAUGUUAGAGUUUUCGAUUAAAGCGACGAUGAGAAAAAUAUUGAGGUGCGCCAUUUAAAAUGCGCACGCGUGGUAAAUUGGAAUCUCGUUUUCAGCAAAUAAGAUCCAGCCACGUUCAACAACUAACAUGGCUGCUGACAGUUCGUCAAUUCCACAGUUUAGAUGUAGCAUUUUUACGGCAGUAUUUUCUCAAAAGAUGUUUAGAUUGAGUCUGUGGAAAUAAAUGUUUAGAAAGAAAAUGGCACACAAUGCAGAUUAGUGGCCGAAAUGUAAUAGCAUUUGCCCCAAAUAAUAUAUAAUUUUAAUAUUUAUUUCUGAAAAUGUUCGGCCCCCCCCCCCCCCAACUUUCUCUUAAGAGGCAGAGCAGACACUAUUCUACGAAAAAGACUAUAGUCUCUCUCAAUUGUGUUCAUUUUAGCUGUCUGUCAUAUAAAAUACGUCGGCCAUUAUGGAAAUUUUAAUCCAACAUUUUCUCGUGGCCGCUUUGCGUCUAUACCACAAAUACUUUUCAAGAUAGGGUCAAGUGCCCUUCCUAUUUAUCGACUCUGUACAGGUAUUUGCUUGGUUUUUUUUUGGAUUGCUAUAACCUUUUCGAAACAAUAAAGCUGGCAUACCGACAGGAUAGUCACGAGUAUGUUUUUUUUUCGGUAAACUUCAAUAUCACCCAGUAAACGUUGCAAAAUGUUUGAACAGAAUUGUUAACGUAGCAUAACAAAGCUUCUUCAGGUUCAAAUUACUAUAUCGUACGUUAUAGUUACGGAGGGCGUAAAAUAAGCCGACAUGCAUAACAAUGUGCGUCAAAAUUUCAGUCCCUACUUUUAUAUUAUUUCAAGUUUACGAUCUAGAUGGAGUGUCAAGAGUAUCUAGAUAGAUUUUUCUCUUUAAAACACCUAAAAAGGAAAAUGCCAAGGCAUUAUUACAAAUAUAACGGUCACACAUAUUUCAAAAAAUAUUUGUUUUAAUUAUGGGAACAUUUUUUAUCGAUGAGUUUUAGCAAAUUUUGAUCCCGGGGAUAGUUUAUACAUAAAAAAUAAAAAAUAAACCAAUUUACGAAAGCUUUUAAGCCCGUUUCUCACUUGGAAAAUUUGGGCAAUUAAAAUUGAUGUUGAUAGUUGUAUUACAUUCAUUCAAUACAAAUGAAUUACAACAGGCUAUCCAACUUUCAAUGAAAGAAGCUAUUCUUUUAUUCGAUCUAGUCAAUAACAAUUUUUGUUUAAUAUUUCAUAUUACAAAUGUCACUUUUGACAGGUGAAGGCAAAAUGAUAUGAUACGCGCUUUAUUGGUGAUACUGUAGAACUCGUAAUAAUUAUCGGGAUGAGACCGCACGCGUCUCCUUUUUUACGCCCUCCGUACUUAGAAUAUCUAUGGCACUUAAAAUUUAUUCAAUUGUACUAUUGCUUAGAGACUUAAGUUAGAAACAAAUUGUGUCACCCAAUUUUUUUCUCAAAAUGAGUCCGUCCUCGCAUUGUUUAUUUUAAAAUCUUUUUUAUGAUUAUUUUUGUCCUUCUAUUAAGGAUCCUGUCAACUUACCCUUUUUUUUGUCCGUGAUUUGCCUUUUUCGGCGUUCUUUUUGAGAAAAAUAUUUGAGGAAAGUAUAAUUAUCGGUAGCAAAUAAGUGUGGUGUUUUAGACUUUAUUAUCUGUUUGACUUGUGCUUCGAGUGGCAUCUUUUGGGUUUCCAGACCGGCCUUGACUUUGGGAUAAUCCGAAUAUCCCACAAAGCCUUCCGGAUCUCUCAGAGUCCCUAGCGAUCCCGAAUAGAUAACUUUUAAAUAAAAAAAUUAUUACAAUUAUUGUAAGAAAUAUAAAAUGCUGCGAGAUUCAAAUUAUUCUUAGGGGUCAGAAACGCAUGACAAUUGGUCGUGCCUUCAAAAAGUAUCAAUCGUGUACGACGGUCAUCAUUUGCCCAUCGUAAAGCAAGGUUGUAACGUAAUUUUAAUUAAAUGAAUUUUUGCAUUUUAUGAUAAAUUUUUGGUUACUUGCUACGUACUAAACCUAUUACAUAUUACUGAAGAGAAAUUUUCCAUGCGAAUUUGCUUUUGUUGGUCCGUUUCUGAUAUCAAAAUGAAUUUUGAGCUUCUCCAAUAAUAAAAGUUAAAAAAAGAAAACAAUGCGAAUUAAUCCAUUUGUAAACAAUGGGAUCCGCAAUCAGUGUUUGAAAAUUAUUUCAAAACUUUUGGGACCUUCGUAAAUGAUAUUAUGGGAAAGUUCUCUUUUAUAUACUUAUAUAAAUUCUUCGUUAACGAAAACUCUUUAGUUUUUAUUAACAUCGUACUAAAACACUGUUUAACAUUAGCAAAAUUCCAAUACGGUGCCUCAAAAUGAAGUAUUUCUUUACAAUAGGAAUCAAGAAAUGUGCAUAAGGAUUUUCUGCAUAAGCCCGUUCACCCUGUUGAACUACGAUAUCAAAAUUUAACUUGUUUUGAGACAUCCCUUUUUGGAGUGUUCGACAAUUUUGGUAAAAUAAAAUGUUUUUUUUUUAGGAAUUUAGUUAUAUAUAGGCUUUUAUUUAAGUUGAUAUCAACCAAAAAUUAAUUAUUAUACAUGUGUGGUGAAAUUGAACUGAUAUGUAUUUAUUGUUACUUUUUAUAAUUAAUAUUUAUUAUGUGAUUUUUGAUUGCGUCUCGCAAUUUUAAUUAUGAUUUUUAACGUGUGAAAAACCAAUUAAAGAAGAGCAAUUAAAUCAAUAAAAACAAUGUUUCAAACUUAUUUCAAUUAUGUUUUACUUGCACCGUGGGUUAAAAUUGGUUAAAAAUAUAUGUUCGCACCUGCAUUUAUAUUAAA